AUGCAAAUGGAUGAGAGCAACAAAACCAAAAAGAACGAUUAGCCAAUCUUAAAGGAAACGUCCAAGAAUAGAAAUGUAUAGAUUUCAUAUAUUCUCAACAGAUAAUAAAUAAAUUGCAGGGAAAUCCCUCCAGAUUGCAAGGUCUAAAGGAAAGUUUCAAGUACUUCACCUUAUUGAAAAAGAAUCAGUAUUUAGAGAGAAAACAAUUUCGAGUGAGCAGAGAUGAAACUCUGGUUUGCUCCUGUAUUUGUUGUCCUGAAGAUCAAAUAUCAAGGUAGAGGAUUGUGUUAAAUUUAGUCGUAUCUAAGGACCAUAAUACUCGUAUAAUUGCGGUGAUCGAUGUUUAAAUAAAUUCACAUGUACGGAAUGCGAUGUCGAACUGUGUCCAUGUGCAGAACUUUGCAAGAAUAGAAGAUUUUAAAAGCAUGAGGAUGCUUGCGUGUAUCCGCUAAAAUGCGGAGGAAAGGGAAUGGGGUUGUAUGCUGGUGACCGCAUAUAAAAAGGACAAUUUAUAAUGCAAUAUAUUGGAGAGAUUUUCUAGAUAAAUAGUGCUUUGGGGAGGAGGAGAGUGCAGGAAUAUUCGGUUUGAAUUGUGUGUUUAUUUAGAAAUCGACAUGUACAUAUUUAAUGAAACUGAAUAACUAGGAAGUUAUUGAUCCAACAACCAAAGGUAAUUUGGCAAGAUUCAUCAAUCAUUCCUGUGAACCAAAUUGCAUAACAGAGAAAUGGAAUGUGUUGGGGGAGGUCUGCAUUGGUAUAUUUGCAAGUCGUGAUAUAAAUGAGGAUGAAGAAUUAACAUUUGAUUAUCAAUUCGAUGUUUUUCAUACUCCCUUGACCAAAUGUUUAUGUGGUGCCGCAAAGUGUAAGGGUUAUUUAGGAUUGAAACCAACUGAUGUUACUCAGGAGGAGUGGGAAGAACAUUUGGAAAAUAUGGUGUGUAAAAUAUGUUAAACCAAAACACCAUAAGAUGAUGAGUAAUUGUUAUUAUGUGAUAAAUGCAAUUGUGGAUUUCAUUUAUUGUGUUUGGUACCUCCUUUGGAGUCAGUCCCUAAGGAUGCUUGGUACUGUCAAGAGUGUUAGGAUGAAAAACGCAUUUUGGAAGAAUAGGAAAAAGAGAAAACUAAUCUGGAGAGAAUUCAACAAAGGAAAGUCAAAUCUUAUAAUAAUGAGAAAAAGUAGAAAAAGAAAAGGGAAGAACUCUCAUCCUCAUCAUGCAGUGAUUCUGACAGUGAAUAUGAUAAUAGAUACAAAAUUAUGAAGUCUUUAGAAAAGCAAACUGUAAGAGAAUACUUGUCACUCAAAUAACCACAAUAAUAUCUAUCAACUAGACAAGAUGAAGAAUUAAAAAAGGAAGAAGACAAUAACACAUCAGAACUAUAAGUACCUUCAGCACCCCUUCCUGGGAAAUCGUAUUAUCAAAGCGAUUAAUUUAAUAAAUCAUCCCUUGAGGCUCAACCUUAAGAUUCGGGGAAGUUGUAAUAAAUGCAAUCUAUUGUUGACGUGGCCUAAUAGAAAUUCGAAGAAUAAUACAAGGAGAGGUUAGAAUUGCAUGAGCAAAUCGAAGCCCUUCAAUAAUAGAAUGUCUUGAAUAUUGAUAUGAUUAAGGAAUGUUUCAAAAUCAAUAUACUGGAAUAGAAAGUAGUGAAGAAGAAUGCCCAAUUAAUUUAUAAGAUUGGAAACAAGAUCAGUUUUGAACAGAUUGAUCAAUAAGUUGCUGAUUUCUUCAAAAAGGAAAACAACCUUACAGUAAUAGGGUCUAUCUAAUAAAUCAACAUCUUUAGAUCUAUAUUGAAUAUGGUGGAACAAAUAAUUAAAGAACUAAAGAGAGAACUAGGGAUUAUAGAAGGAUAGAUUAAAGUUCCAAUCAUUUAUUUGAAGAGAUUAAUCAACAAAUUGUAAUUAAUAUUAGUGUUAUUCUUUUAGCAAUAGUUUAGACAAUAAAUAAGAAGUCAAUAUCAUCUACAACAAAUCGUUAGCACACAGUGAAGAAAUAUUCCCUAUGGACAAAGCCACUCCAAUUAAAAUUAAAGGAUCUAAACAAAAUAUAGAAUAAACUGUUUCUGAAAUUAGGAACACCCUAAAAACUCUAUGUGUUCAAAGAUUGUACAUCAGUCGAAGUGAAACUAAGUCUGUUUAACAGAAUAUGUUUCAAUUGAAGUAAAAUGCUGAAAUCAGAAUUUCAAGAGAUUCUGUAUACAAUGCAAGAGGAGAACAAACACAAAGAGACAUUAAUCACCCCUUCUUCUAUAUUUAAUACAGAGAGAAAGAAGUUUGUCUGAUUGGAACACUAUAAUAGAUACAAGAGACAAGCACUGCCAUUAAGAAACUAUUGGAAUAAGAAGCUAAUAACGAAAAGGAAAUGACAUACUUUACUGUCUUGAUCUCUCCCUAAUAUAAAGAAUCUUGCAAAUAGGUCAAAUAAAUAAUUGAACGAAGUUCCUCUUCUACAAAGGUUCUGCUUUUUGAGGCUUCUCAUCCUAGAAAGAAUAUGACAAUUUUGGUACUAUGUUUGAGAAAUUAGAUUGUCUAAACAAAACAAAACUUCUCAGAUUUGAUUUAUUAACAAUGCUAAUUAAAACUAGAUUAGUUCUAAGAUUAGAUGUCAAUGCAGAUGUGUAGAUAUGUGUUCAAAUACCUUUAAAAUACAAUGAUGACUAAUGACAUGGCAUUUAUGAAAAAUUGGGAUCUCAUCACUCCUUAUUUCUAUCAAUUCAAUAUCAUGAAGUAUAGGGAAUCGAAAUUCGAGAAUUGGUUUGUUAAACGAUGCUAUUCCUCCCUUUUAAGAGAUUACGAAACUCAAUUAUAUAUACAGUAUUGCUUAGGUAAGGAAAUCCAAAAGAAUUUAACAGAUCAUGAGUAAUUUUUAAGGAAAAAGAACCUAAUUCAAUUAACUAAAAGAAUUCUCUAUGCUAUUCUAGGCUUUAAGAGAUAUCCCACUGAUCAAGCCACUCUAGAUAGUGGACAAUAAUAAUAAUAAUAAUAGGAUACUAUAAAGAGAUUCAAUAAUUAAUUAGAAGAGGACAAUCUGAAAGUGCCCAAUCUCUCAUUGAUAUCCUUGCAAGCCCAAUAUACUUAAAUAAACAAAAAAGGUGAUACUAAAAAGGAAACCAGUGAAAGAAGUCAAUCUGAUUCGAGCAAAGUAUAAAAAAAGUAAAGUAAUUCCGAAUCAGACAAAAGCAGAGACUUCUCUACCAGAUAAAGACACAAAUAUCAUCAUCAUCAUCACAAAUAUUAUAAUUACAAUCAAAAAAGUCCAACUGAAAAAUAUGUUAGACACAAAUAUGACAAAACUGAUUAUUAUGAUAAAUCAAAAUCAAGACAUAGAUAUUAAUCUCAAAAACAAGAUAAGUCUAGGGAUGCAAAUAAAAGAUAUUAUGAGGAUGAUCUUUCCAGAAACAGAUUCCAUAAUAAAAAAAGUAUUCUUAUUGUAUUCAUCUUAGGAUCAAGCAGCGAAGACUCUGAUAAAUCACAAGAAUAAAGAAGAAAAAGAUAGGAAUCUGUAGAUUCUGAUAAAUAUAAAAAUAAUAAAUAUUAUAGUGGGUUUCAAUAUCAAAGGAGGCAUACUAAAACUAACAAAUAUGAUUAUGAAAGUAGAUAUUAUUUUCAAUUAUAGAAUCUUCCAAGAAUUUUGAAACCAAAGAUCGUUCUCGCUAUUAAAGUAAAGAUCGAUCUCGAUCCAAGUAGAGAAAUAAAUCUGAAAGCAGUGAUAGCUAUAAAAGAAGAUCUACUCAUAAAUCAAAAAAGUACUCUAGGAAAUAUUGAUGAAAAAUAAAUUUUA